ACUAGGUGUCAAUGAGGGAAACGCCUACAGCUCAAAGCUAGAACAUCUCGGGAAAAGUCAGAAAAUUCAGCAACAGAAACUAAUUGGAGUUUUAAACUAUACAAACAGUAGCAGGCAUGUCGUGAAACAUUGAAACUGUUGCCAAGAACGACCCGCAGCGUCAGGGACGCACAGCUUCAAAGACAAAUCCCAUUGAUUUUGUAACGACAGCUGAAUCAGGAUGACGGAAUCCAACUCAAAAGCUGCAAAAGAAUUGACAGAAAUUAUGGAAGCGACUAUGCAGAAUCUUCACAGUAAAUUUCAAAGCAUGUCUGACCAGAUUGUUUCAAAAAUGGAUGACAUGGGGACUCGAAUUGAUGACCUGGAGAAGAAUGUUGCCGACCUCAUGACCCAGGCUGGUAUGGAUGAGCAGCAGACUCCUAAGUGACCAAGCCAUCAGGUUAACACAUAUCAGAUCAGCUAACUUCACUUGAAUUCUGAGGUUCCACUAAAGACAAGAUGUGGCAUGACAAAAGGCCACACAUAGGCAGGUUAUUACUGAUCUAUUGUUAUGUAACAGCCUAUGGCAUUUGCUUUCUCAUUUAACAGGAUGUCAUUUGUGGGGGAUUUUACCAUGUAAAAACAAUACAUUGUUUUUUCUAUAAUACAACACAAUGUUUAUUCAACUGUUCAUAAACAAUACGAUCCGGGUUGAAGAA